UGAGUUACAUUAAGUUUCAUAUAAUUUGCAUGGUAGGGGAAUUAAGGGUUAUGGGGAAAAGACAGGUAAGUGGAAAUGAGUCCAUGGUCAGAUCAGCCAUGAUCUUAUUGAAUGGCGGAACAGGCUCGACAGGCCAGAUGGCCUACUCCUGCUCCUAUUUCUUAUGUUCUUAUAUUAAACAACUGAGAUAAAGUAAGUAGUGCAAGACAACAUAAAUUUAAAAAGUAGUGGGGUAGUGUUCACGAGUUCAAUGUCCAUUUGAGGGGAAGAAGCUGUUCCUGAAUCUCUUGAGUAUGUGCCUCCUCCCUGAUGGUAAUGAGAACAAGGCAGGCGCUCCAAGUGCUCAUCCUCAACCCCAGGGGAACGGCUAAGAUGGAAGGCAGCUGCAGAGCCACCAGCACUGGGCCAGACCCAGGGGAUCACCGGGGUUGGAGCUGAGUGGAGAGCGCUCAGCCUGACGCCGGAGAGAAAGAACAAGUCGUCCAGGCCAGGAGGCGCCAGAGGGGCUCUCUCGCUGAUUCGCCGAAGGUAGACCUUGCUCAGCGCCGCAGCGCAGAUACCUUCCCGCUGGAAGUCCUUUUGCGGCUGGGCUUAUUCCGCAGGCGGUGGGUUAGCCGGGCGCUUAGAGUUGGGGGAGCCGUGGGUUGAGUGUACCGCAGCGAACAGGCUGUCUGUCCAUGGCCGAGGCCGGGGCCUGGGCCUGGGCCCGGGCCAGAUGACGGGCUCUCGCCGUUGACGCAGUCACUGGCCGCUUGCAUCAGUAUAGUCCCCACCCUCUGCCUCGCCCUCUCCCUCACUGCCCAGACGUGCACCUUGACCAUGGUCUCCGUCAAGACUGUCCUGUGUAGCAUUGCCAGCCUCUACCUGGGCUGCUUCUCCAUUUUCCUGCUGGUGGACGUUUACGCCCGACCCACCAACAACUCGGCGGCCAAGAGGGAGAAGCCGGCCGUCGGCAAGGACGAGAACGAGAUCCAGCCGCCGGAUCAUGUGAACGGGCUCAAGUUGGAGAAGGGGGGCAACCUCAACAAGGACUUCCACCAGGAGGUCUUCCUGGGCAAGGAGAUAGAGGAGUUCGAGGAAGACUCGGAACCCGUUAGGAACAGGAAAAAGUUGAUUUCCAUAUUUGAAAAGGUCGAUGCCAACGUUGAUAAGAAAAUUAGUGCAAGCGAGAUGCAGCGAUGGAUUAUGGAGAAAACGGAGGAACAUUUUCAACAAGCUGCUGAAGAAAACAAGCACUAUUUCAAAACAGUGGAUCCUGAUGGAGAUGGUCAGGUAUCCUGGGAUGAAUAUCGAAUCAAGUUUCUAACAAGCAAGGGAUUUAAUGAGAAAGAAGUGGCAGAGAAAAUCAAGAACAACGAAGAGCUGAAGAUUGAUGAAGAGACUCAGGAAGUUCUGGAUAAUCUAAAAGAUCGUUGGUUUCAAGCUGACGAGCAUCCUGCAAAUCAGCUCCUGAAUGAGGACGAAUUCUUGGCUUUUCUCCAUCCUGAGCACAGUCGCGGAAUGCUUACAUUUAUGGUUAAAGAAAUUAUCCGCGAUUUAGAUCAAGAUGGAGACAAAAAGUUGACUGUAUCAGAGUUUAUUUCUUUACCUGUCGGUACUGUGGAAAACCAGGAGGCUCAAGACAUUGAUGAUGAUUGGGUCAGAGAGAGAAGGAAGGAGUUUGAGGAUGUUAUUGAUGCCAAUCGAGACGGUAUUGUCACGAUGGAAGAAUUAGUGGAAUACAUGGACCCCAUGAAUGAGUACAGUGCCCUGAAUGAGGCCAAGCAGAUGAUAGCUGUGGCAGACGAGAAUCAGGACCACUACCUCGAACUGGAAGAGGUCCUGAAGUACAGCGAGUACUUCACGGGAAGCAAACUGAUGAACUACGCCCAGAGUGUCCAUGAGGAGUUCUGAGGGACAUGGAUCCCAUGUUAGAAGACGCCAUCUGAAAUCUCUUCAGCUUUAUCAACCAGAAAUGCGCUUAACAAAAUAUGCUUUUUACUUUAUUCCCAUUGUGUCAAUACAAUUUCCCUUGCAUUUGGAUGGAGCUCCUUAACCAUCAAGCAGUAACAUUACUUUGUGUAAAAUCUCCUUGAAAAGCCAGCACAGUGGGAACUCUAAUACUCUGCUUUCUGAAGGACCGUGCAGUGUGGUUGCUGGAGCAGAGUUCAGGAACCAGUGGGUAUAAGUCUUGCAGUGCUUCACGGAGCUCCACAGAGGACUCCUGCUGCCGAGUUAGAAUGACUCCAGCUAAGCUGAGUUGUAACCGUACCCGAGUGAAUUUAGUUUAACUUGGCUAUUGAUGCUUUGUCACUCGUUUGGAAUGCUAACCGCCACUAGUCUGAAGUGUAGUGUUUCCACUUGAGUGGCUCUGCUGUCUGUGGCCGGAGCUGAAGUUUGACUACGACUUUUGUUCUUUGUGGGCAAAAGAAAUUCUUCAAUUCAUGCAGUUUCUCUAAAAGUUGCCCUUGGAUUUCCACAGUGGAUCUCACAAUCCACUGUAAAGUCAGCAGGAAGCAAACACUGAAUAACUUGUUGAGGCUAUGAGACUCCCAAUCAUGAUCGCUAAUUAUACUGUAAUCGCUUGAACUUUCUCAUGGCCAUCACCUAAAGGCUGGAUAAUCAUUUCCCUGCCCCUUGGUUGGUUGCCUUAUUCUGGAAUUGUAGAAACUUAUCUAGCAGUAAACACAAGGUUAGUUUUACCCAAACUUCUUUACUCAGAGGGUGGUGGGAGUGUGGAACUGGCUGCCAGUGAACACGGGUUCGAUUGUAAUACUUGAGAGAAGUUUAGAUGGAGAAUUUGGAUGGGAAGAGUGUGGAGGACUGUGGUCAGAAGCAGGAGAUGGGACUAGGCAGGAUGACAGUUCAGCGGAGGCGAGAUGGGCCAAAGGGCCUGUUUCUGUGCCAUAGUGCACUGUGGAUUCAUGAUUCCUGGUGGCCUUGGGUGUGGUAGCAUGCUAAAUUGACCAAUCUAUGAAUAAGCAAAACAAUUAACUUCCUAUCUGCUUCUGUUGCCAGCUGGGAAUUUUGUAAUGGUUACUGUAAGCUUAUGUGAAGGCUGUUCUUUGAAAAAAUACUAAUCCAAGUGUUCCUUCGCAGUCAAUGCAGCUAUCUCAACAAAAAUCUUCCUAAACUUUCUGCUGGAUGAUUUUCUGAAUAAUCACAAUGACUAACUAUUUAUGCAAGCUUUCCUUCCAAAGAAUUAUGUUUUGCAUCAGCUGCUCACUAAUUUUCUCAUCUAGCUUUCUAGAAUGCUGCUCAUUAGGGUUAAUCUGGCAAAGGAGCUAUUGGUGACUGAAUUCCAGCAUCAUUUGGUGUGACACAAUAACGUAACACUGUUACGGUGACGGUGACCCGGGUUCAAUUCCCGCUGCUGUCUGUAAGGAGUUUGUACGUUCUUCCAUGACCGCAAGGCUUUUCUCCGGGUGCUCUGGUCUCCUCCCACAUUCCAAAGAUGUACGGGUUAGCAGGUUAAUUGGUCACUUGGGUGUAAUUGGGCAGUGCGGGCACAUUGAGCGGGAAGGACCUGAUACUGUGCUGUAUCUCUAAAGAAUUCUCUCAAAGGAGAAUUUGGUGUAGGUGAAAGUUCAGUGAUUCUCCCUUUGUAAUGACCAUUCAAUUAACGUGUUAACUAGUCUUCACUUUGGAUUCAGUAAUUUAAACUUGGUCUUUUUGAGCCUGAUUUUGCUUUUGUAGUUGAUAUUUAUUGCUUAAGUGAAAUCUGUUUGCUGCAAAUGCACUUAAUAAAGUCAUGAAUCGGA